AUGUUAGACUCGAAUAUAUCAAAAAACGACUUAUCAAACAUUUGCCUUAGUUUAGGCAUAUCCACUGAAGGGAAUAAAGCAGACCUUGUACAAAGGUUAAAAGAAUACCAGACAAAUGGAUCCCAUGAGAAUAAUGUGGAUGGAAUGAAGUUCACAAACGAUAAGGCUGAUGAUGAAUCAGUAAUAUCUGACUAUCAUACUGAAACCACUGAAAUAUUAAGCCCUGAAACACAAAUGUUAAGAGAAUUACUUCAGAAGAACAAGCGCCCAUUACAUGCUGCGCCAUUAUCGCUUUCUCCCCAAGAUGCAGAAGAAACAACUGACCACCCACAGCAGACAAAUAAGACGGUUAAAAAAUGGAAAUUACAAGCUGGAGAGGAAGAUAAUUCUAACUCAUUAAUUGAGAAAGUAUUAUCAGGGUUCCAAAAAUUAGAGAAUGCUAUGCUGAGCUUUGAUGACAAAUUGAAUACAAUGGCACACCAAGUCCAGGAGACACGUAAUAAAGCAGAG